AUGUUACCUGGUUUUCUUGUUGACCACUUCUCAGAUAAGGGUAUGCGUCGUUUACCGACUUCACUAUCCUUUCCCCUCAAGCGCAAUGCAGCUGCAUUACAGGAGCCACCUUCAGUAUUCGAGAAAUCGCCCGAAGUUCGGCGACCCCAGAAGCGCCCUUUGGUGAAGUCUGACGAGAGAACCCCUAAGAGAGCUCGCAUGGAUUCCACUGUAUCCAAGACUGUGAAAUCCGGAGAUCUAUCUGAUAAAAUAAGUGAAAACCCUGUGAAUUACGAGGAAAGUCCUUCCAAGGAUUCUCGUUCGUAUCGUUCUCACAAAAGGUCAAAGGAGAAGCAUCGAAAGCGCAGUAACAAAAAGCGUAUUGAUGAAGAUGACAGAAAAAAUAAAAGACAACACGAUAGAACUUCACCUGAGGGCUAUGCGGCCCCAACUACAAAUCUUGUUGCGUCCUACAGUUCAGAUGAGGAAAAUGAAGCUACUAAGCCAUUAGCACAAAUUCGACCCGCUCCGGCUACCCUUCCUCGCACCAAAAGUGUCUCCUCUCCCAAGGUGAAAAGUGAACGUAAAAUGCUCUUUACAAGCACUUCUCCCCAAGAUUCUACCACAACUAAGGUAACCAAAGAGACUGCUAAAUCGACUUGGGACUCAAGUGACAGCGAUUUUGAAACUGCACUAGGGGCUCCAAUCAAGUCUUCUCAGGAGAAUGGAAAGGAUGAUGGGGUGGUUAAGAAGAAAGAACGUCUGUAUCUUCCUGUUCAACACGAGGUCGAAGGAGUUCUUCUUGCUCUUACUCAUCCCGAAGAAGAUCUUCCUCAACUUCUCGUUCUAGUUCUCAGAGUAGUCGUAGUUUAUCUAGAUCGUAUCGAAGACGAAGUCGUUAUAAAACGCGCAGAUAUCACGGCCGUAGACACCGCCGUAGGUCAACUACUAGAUCUUUUUACUCGGACAGUUCUUAUUCAAGGUCUUCAAGUCGUGAUAGGCGGAGAAGGCGUUAUUCUAGAAGUAGGAGUGAUUCUUAUCGCCGAAGAUCUUAUCGUUCGUAUUCCUCUCGAAGUCGGCGUGGACGUUAUUCCUCAUCUGAUCGAUCACAUUCCCGUGAUAGCUCGCGUUCUCCUACUCCCCCUGUUUGCAGAAGAACAAUCUCCAAUAGUCGGCUUUCUAAGUACCUUUACUAAAGCACAUAAACCCUCUCAAGUUGUGGCCGCGGCGGCUAGUGAAGCUGUUAAAAAAGUAACCGGACGGAUUGACCCCAGUCCAUCUGUCUCUCCUCUUUCUUUAUCCAAACUGGAGGAAACUUCGUCCUCAUCAAAAGAAGCAGCUGUUUCACCCCCAAAAACUGAAGAAAAGAAAGAGGAAGCUGGAAAUGUGGAAUCGGAAGCUAAGAAAGAUGUUGCAAAUUACAUUGGACCUCAAGUUCCACCGGAUAUGGCUAAAAAAUUGGGUCUUAGUUUAGACGCUACAUCAACUUCUGGUGGUAAUAAUACCUCUUGGAAGGCUCAUGUUGGUGCCAAAAAGAAAUCAGAUAAACUGCUGAUCGAAAAUGUGAAGAAAUCCGAAGAUAACAAGGCAGAUUUCAUGAUUCCUCCUGAAAAGGAUGAGGAAUAUAGAGCUCUACAGGCAAAGGCACAGGCUCAUGCUCAACAGAGACAGCUGCAAGCAGCAACUCAGCAACAGCAAUUAGCUGCUAUUUCCAACGUCACACCAUUUACCGCCGCCGCGGCAGCAGCAGCAAUGUUGCAUAAUGGACAAUCGGCUGUCGCCCUACCACAUAUUACCAUUGAACAACUGAGAGCGAGGCAAAAUGUGUGUCUUUUAUCUGGUCAUCAAGAGCAGGCUAUUCAAUUGGAGUCUUAUAUCAGACAGCAACAGCAAGCUGAAAACGUGUCUGCUGCCCUGCAACAACAACAGCAACAGCAACAGCUUCUUCAAAUGAUGGCUUUGCAUCAGCAACAGCAACAAAAUGCGGCACUUUUAAUGGCGGCUCAACAAGCAAAUCCCAUUCAUACUGCUCAGCAAGCCGCUCUUCUGCUUGCUGCCCAGCAAAAUCAACACCAAGCUACUAUUACGGACCAUUCUGCCUUGCUUGCAGCUCAGGUCCAACAGCAGGCUCAGGCACAUCAGGCUUUAAUCCAAAGACAGAUUUUGAAUGCUACGGCUUUACAGCAACAACAAAUUCUUCAAAUGCGGCUUUAUGCAUCUUCAACUGCUGCGACCGCUGGUAACCAAGCUGUUAUUCAAGCACUCCCAGCCAAUACAUCAACAACGGCUGGUCAACAGCAGGCCUUUGUUAAUGGAGGGGUAGGAGCCAACACCACGACAUCAACUACUGCAAAUGAGACUACGACGUCGAAUGAUGCUGUAAAUACUAAUCCAUUGAUGGCUGCGGUUGCGGCGGCUCAAAGGAAUCAGGCUAUUAACCAGGAGCAUGCUCAACAACAACUGAAUGCUGCUGCGAUGGUUGGUGCUGCUGCCGCUGCUGCUGCUGCUGUGAGAAUGCUUAUCCUAUUUGACAUUAUUAAUUACUUCUCGUUGGGCAAAAGCGCAUAUUCCUUAACACGUGGAGACACCCUAUUGGUUGAAUAA